AUGGGUCAGAAAGCCUUGAAGAAUCUGUCAACCACCACAUGGAUGCAGGAAUCACAAAGGAAUAAGACUUGUGUAGGUCCAGUAAGUCCACUCCUAGGUGUGAACAGGGUCAGCGUGGAAUGGGCAAAGGAAGUAGCUUUCCUUCGGGAAGAUGGUGAGGCAACUUGGAAAUGGCACAGGUGGGACAUCUUUGGACAUAGCGAUGAAAUUCCUGUGUCAUGCCGGGCCAGCAGUAGUGGUUAUGGAGGAGGGAGAGGGAGAACAGAUGUUGCGGAAGUGGUGUGUAGAGAACUGGGCUGUGGGAGUGUUAUAGAGGCAAAGGGUUCUGCUUAUUUUGGACAAGGUUCUGGACAAAUAUGGUUGGAUGAUAUCAAGUGCCUUGGGAAUGAAUCUUCACUGAAAAAUUGUUCAUCAGGAGGAUGGGGAAAACAUAACUGUGGGCAUGGUGAAGAUGCUGGAGUCAUCUGCCAAGUUGUCAGAUUGGUGAAUGGAUCCAAAGUCUGUUCUGGAAGAGUGGAGGUUCUCCACAAUGGAACAUGGGGAACAGUGUGUGAUCAUCUGUGGGAUUCUACAGACGCAGAAGUGGUGUGUAGAGAAAUGGGCUGUGGGAGUGUUAUAGAGGCAAAGAGUAAUGCUUAUUUUGGACAAGGUUCUGGACAAAUAUGGUUGGAUGAUGUCCAGUGCCAUGGGAAUGAAUCUUCAGUGAAAAACUGUUCAUCAAGUGGAUGGGGAACACAUAACUGUGGGCACAAUGAAGAUGCUGGAGUCAUCUGCCAAGUUGUCAGGUUGGUGAAUGGACCCAACCUCUGUUCUGGAAGAGUGGAGGUUCUCCACAAUGGAAUAUGGGGAACAGUGUGUGAUGAUUCCUGGGAUUCUACAAACGCGGCAGUGGUGUGUAGAGAACUGGGCUGUGGGAGUGUUAUAGAGGCAAAGGGUUCUGCUUAUUUUGGACAAGGUUCUGGACAAAUAUGGUUGGAUGAUUUCCAGUGCCGUGGGAAUGAAUCUUCACUGAAAGACUGUUCAUCAAGUGGAUGGGGAUCACAUGACUGUGUGCACAAAGAAGAUGCUGGAGUCAUCUGCCAAGGCAAAGUACAAACUAGUGCUGCACCACAGACAGCAACAGCCAUAUUGAACACAUCUGCCUCACUGCCAGGAGUCAAAGGUACUGAUUCUGAGGAGGAUGAAACUGGAUCUAUGAUAAAGGGGAACGAGAUGCUGCAUCCCCACAUCUUCAGACAAAAAAAUGUGAGUGACCCCUGUUCUGAGCUCAACUGCACUGAGGAUGAAUUGUGUGGAGAUAAAAAUGGCGUUUACGGCUGUUUCUGUAACGAGGGCCAUCGAAGACCUGACCCAGACUUUUUUGAUUUAUCUGAGGUUUGUGAAAGCAGCUCUGGUUCCAUGUCCCUGUCUCGCUGUCUGCUCUUUGAGGCUGGUUUUCCUGCUGACAACUUACACCUCAAUGACCCCAGCUGCAAAGGAACAGUCCGGAAUGGCAGAGUGGAGUUCUAUUUUGACAACAAUGACCACACCUGUGGUACAAAUCUUGUGGACAAUGGCACCCACUUCAUCUAUGAGAACUUUAUUUUUGGAGCUCAAGACUUGACCAAAGGUCCCAUCAGCAGGAAGAGAAUUCUGAAGCUGAGUUUCAGCUGUAUAUACCCCCAAACCCAAACACUUUCUUCAAAUAUGGAAAUCAAUCCACCGGAGAGCAUUGUCUACAAGAAGCUUCCAGCUGGUCAAGGGAGAUAUCAGGUCAGGAUGGUUCUGUAUCAGGAUGCUGAGUUCUCCCAGCCCUUCAAUAGAAGUAUGAACAUGGAGGUGAACCAGCAGAUGUUUGUGGAAGUUCGUGUUGAGGGGGUUGACAGCCGUCAGUUUGCCACAUUGAUUGACAAAUUUUGGGCGACACCUGUGAAUGAUCCUCAUCACUCUAUCCGCUGGGACCUCAUCAGCAGAAAGUGUCCUAGUCCAAAUGACGACACAGUUGAGCUGCUGCAGAAUGGAGUCUCCACAUCCAGCCGUUUCUCCUUCAGGAUGUUUGUCUUCACUGCAAACUCCACUAAGGUUUACCUGCACUGUGCUGUUCACCUUUGCCUUCUGUCAGGAAAUCACUGCUCAACUCACUGUGACUCUAAACAUCACAGGAGAGAGCGCAGGUCUGUGAAAUUCCAUGACAGUGCUUCCAUCUCCAUCGGUCCCCUGAUGUUUUCUUAAAGGAACCAAUGAUUUUUUAAGUCUCAUCUAAUUCAGUUGUGUGAUGUAUUGUUUAUGCAUAUUUUAAAAAUCUAUUACUUAUCUACAUGGCUCCAAGUCUGUGUAGUUCUCUUAUUAUAUCACUUGUUUCUCUGCUGAGAGUCCUGACUUUCUUCUGGAUUAAAAAUGGUCACUACACAUUUAGCCACAUUAUUGCUAGCUUUCUGUGAAAAUUUCUUUAUUUCAUAUCUCUUAUGUGAUUUUGUCUAACUUCUUGUACUAACUUGUUUAAUAAUAGUUGUUGUUGAUUGAGGAAUAGGACAACCAAAUCAAACCAGUUACUCUAAUGGGAUAGUUACCAAAU